CUGCUCGCUCUUGCCCUCUGUGCGGCCGGCGCGGUGCGCGCACAAGGCAGCGCCCGGCAGGUGAGCGAUGGAGCGGGGCACCUGGGGCUCGGAGGCACGCGGGCUGGCAUCGCUGGCAGGACUGGCAGUGCCCAGGCGGGGAUGGGGCUGAGCCCCUCCCCGGGGGGGGCAGAGCAGAGCCGCGGGGCGCCUGUCAGCGGUGAGCGGCCGCGGGGGAAGCCGGUGGACCGGCGAGGGGAUGGGCAGAGUGUCAGAGUGGGCACUGAUGGCAUCCCACAGGGGGUGAAGGUGUUGGAUGGCGACUCAACCGCGCACCGACAGGACAGCGGGACCGGGCGGGCGGCCAGGCACAGGCACAGGCACAGGCACAGGCACAGGCGAGAGGCGACCGGGCAGGAUGGCGGGGUCCCAGGCACUGGCUCUGGGUGGCACAACUGCAUGGGCGCCCCCCAGACGGGGGGAGCCUGUGCCAAUGCUUCCCUGGGCACCCGGGGCAACGCCGAACAACCGCACAACCAGAGCCACAGCCACAGCUCCAGUGCUCUGGGGAUGGAGGCGACGGCAGCCGCAGCCGUGCUCCCCGCCCAGGCUCCGGGGCGGAGACAGCAGCUCCGAAACCCCUUCUACCCGGUGACCGAGGAGUCGUACGGAGCCUAUGCUGUGAUGUGUCUCUCCAUCGUCAUAUUCGCGAUCGGCAUCGCCGCCAACCUCUCGGUCAUGUGCAUCGUCUACCACAACCUCUACAUGAGGAGCAUCUCCAACUCGCUCCUGGCCAACCUGGCGCUCUGGGACUUCACCAUCAUUUUCUUCUGUUUGCCUCUGGUUAUAUUCCACGAGCUGACCAAAAAGUGGCUGCUCGGCGAUUUCUCCUGCAAGAUCAUUCCCUACCUGGAGGUCUCUUCGCUGGGAGUGACCACCUUCACGCUUUGCGCGCUGUGUAUCGAUCGCUUCCGGGCGGCCACCAAUGUGCAGAUGUACUAUGAGAUGAUUGAGAACUGCUCAUCCACCACUGCCAAACUAGCCGUCAUCUGGGUGGGGGCGUUGCUGCUGGCACUGCCCGAGGUGGCCCUGCGCCAGCUGGUGACGGAGGGGAACGGCGACCCCGACACCCACCGCUGCGAGGUCAAGAUAUCGGCCGAGCUGCCGGACACCAUCUACGUCCUGGCGCUGACGUACGACAGUGCCCGCAUGUGGUGGUACUUCGGCUGUUACUUCUGCCUUCCCACCCUCUUUACCAUCGCCAGCUCUGUGGUGACCGCACACAAGAUCCGCAAGGCUGAGAAGUCCUGCGUCCGGGGGAACAAGCGCCAGGUCCAGCUGGAGAGCCAGAUGAACUGCACAGUGGUAGCCCUGACCAUUCUCUACGGCUUCUGCAUCGUCCCAGAGAACAUCUGCAACAUAGUGACCGCCUACAUGGCCACCGGCAUCUCCAGGCAGACGAUGGACCUUCUGCAGCUCAUCAGCCAGUUCCUACUAUUCUUCAAGUCCUGUGUGACCCCUGUGCUGCUCUUCUGCCUGUGCCGGCCCUUUGGCCGAGCCUUCAUGGACUGCUGCUGCUGCUGCUGUGAGGAGUGUGCGCCCAGAGCCUCCACCGUGACCAGUGAUGAUAACGACAAUGAGUUCACCACCGAGCUAGAACUCUCGCCAUUCAGCACAAUCCACCGCGAGCUCUCCACUUACACCUCAGUGGCAACGCACUGCUGAAUUUAAGAACCUGCAUUUAUAUACUGCCCUUCACGUAAGAUAAUGUCUCAGGGUGCUUCACAGUGGACAUUUACAGUGAGAAACGAGGGGAUGGAGCCUGGGCGUGGGGCAGGGUGGGAGGAGGGGGCUAAAUUGCGGUAUUUCAUAACUGGCUCACUUAACCCAUUCCCAAUGCCAUCAGUUGAGCCACACCAGGGCAGAAUUCCUGUGCGACUUGUGUGAUGCUUUGCAAGAGAGCAUUACCACUUCAACAAUUUGGAUUGCUUAUUACAGAAUCCCACUGAACAACUUUAGAGCCCCCUCCCCAUGGUUUGACACUCAUGGUCUAUUUCCUGAGAAUUGCUCAGGAGUAAAGUAACUUUAGCUUUAAGAGGAUGUCUUUGACAUUGUAGAUGGCUUUUCUCAGUAUCAGGGCCAAGCCUGCUCUAGGGAGCAGCACGACUUAUGUGCAUUCCCACUGUGGACACCAAACUAGUGACAAAGUUACCAAGCACACUGGUAACUGACUUCAGAAUAGCUUAAAAGGAGUAGCAUUGAUCAGAAUCAGGUACAUUUUAGGAUAGGGAUUCACGCUGGUUUUCAAGCCCACAAGAGUUGAAGUCUGUCUUUCAUGAUUGUGUGGCCACAGUGUUUAAAGUGUCCGUCACAGCCCAAUAUCAGAGAAAUGGUACUGAAAAUUAGCAAGAACCAGUUAGAUGCUGAAUAGUUGUUGUAAAGUUGCAAUUUGCCAAGAUUUAUGUGAAGUGAAGUGCAAAGUGUGUAAUGGAUAAUUCGAGAAGAGGUAUGAGAGAUCAGCAAGAAGGCUGGUUCGUUUUGGGCAAAACAUGUUUUAUUUUCUUGUGGUAGUUCAGCAAAUAUGUGGAGGUAAGUUGUGAUAUCUACUGCGAAAUUUUCUUCCCUAACCUUGUCAUGGAUUUUUGGAAUUGUGUUCAACAAAAUUGUUGUAAUUCACCAAUAAAACCAUGCAAAACCAUUUUCACGG